AUGGUAUGGCCUUUCACCUCUGCCUCUGGGAAAGAUGGUGAUUCUUCGAGACGACCAGUCUCUUGGUCUGACAGUUUAAACGGUACCGACUGGCAACAUUACAAAGACCCUAGAAAUUGGGUCCCGACUUUGCUUGUAACGACAACCGUUGUCGCCUCCUUGCAGAUCUACCGUUCAUACCUACGUCGAAUCCCCGGUACUAUUCAUAUCCGUCCGAAUUUUUUCAGGAAGAGAAGCAUCUUCGGUCAAGUUACGAGUGUCGGAGAUGGAGAUAACUUCCAUUUAUACCACACACCGGGUGGUCGUCUAGCGGGGUGGGGAUGGCUACGAAACGUCCCGGUCAAGAGGGUAGAGUUGAAGAAUAAGACGAUUCCUAUACGUAUCGCCGGUAUUGACGCACCAGAAGGCGCCCAUUUCGGACGACCUGCCCAACCAUUCUCAACGGAUGCUCUCGCCUGGUUAUCCGAAUAUAUACUUGGGCGAAAGGUUCGAGCAAAGAUCUACAGACGUGACCAAUACGAUCGUGUCGUCGCUACCGUAUUUGUAAGACGGUUCCUUAUCCGUCGUGAUGUUGGCUUGGAAAUGUUGAAGCGAGGUCUGGCUACAACAUACGAGGCUAAGAGUGGUGCUGAAUUUGGUGGUCUUGAGGAGAAAUAUAAGGCUGCAGAGAGUAAGGCAAAGGCUGCGAAGAGAGGGAUGUGGGGUGGUAACCCGCAAUUCUUUGAAAGCCCUCGCGAUUAUAAGACCCGAAUGGGUGUAGGGGAAUCGCAAAAUAGCAACACCAAGUUAUGA